AUGGCCGGUAGAGCGGGCAUGAAACGUGAUGCUAAUCAUUUGACGACACCAGAGGCCGAUUCCAAGAAACCCAAGGCCAAUGGAAGCAUCACUUCAUUCUUUGGGGCCCCCAAAAGCAAACCCAGCGACCCAAAGCCCACUUCGUCUUCAUCGAGCUUCAACAAGCAGAAAUGGGUCGACUCAUUGACUCCAGAACAAAAGGAGCUCCUCCAACUUGAAAUUGACACUCUCGACGAGAGCUGGCUGGCACAGCUUAAGGAGGAAGUCGUCAAGCCGGAGUUCCUAGCGCUGAAGCGCUUCCUCCAGAAGGAAAAGCAAUCGGGGGCUAAAAUCUUUCCUCCCGAAGAAGAUAUCUACUCAUGGUCUCGUCAUACGCCUCUCCACAAGGUGAAGGUGGUCAUCGUCGGCCAAGAUCCUUAUCAUAAUUAUAACCAGGCUCAUGGUCUUGCAUUUUCCGUCCGCCCUCCAACUCCUGCCCCGCCUUCCCUCGUCAACAUUUUCAACGAAAUUCAGAAUGACUAUCCCUCUUUCCAAAGACCCGCAAACAAGGGUGGCCUUCUCAUACCCUGGGCUGAGCGUGGUGUAUUAAUGCUGAACACUUGCUUGACUGUACGCGCACACCAGGCCGCUAGCCAUUCAAACAAGGGAUGGGAAUUGUUCACGCAGAAAGCCAUAGACUUGGUGGCCCGAGUACGGACGCGCGGAGUUGUUUUUCUUGCAUGGGGAACACCCGCAGGGAAGCGUGUGACAGGCAUCAAUAGAGCGAAGCAUUAUGUUUUGCAAUCGGUCCAUCCAAGCCCGCUAAGUGCGUCAAGAGGAUUCUUCGGAAACCAACAUUUUAAAAAAUGCAAUGAGUGGCUUGCUGAACGUUAUGGUGCCGACGAAGUCAUUGACUGGUCGUUGACUUCGAAGAGCAAAAUCAGCUCACCUUUUACCACCAUCCAAAGCCCUGCUCUCACUGGUGCCCCGAAAAAAUCUAUCGCUAAGGAGUCAGAUGCUAGUUUGGUGAAGGAAGAGGUUUCCAAAACAACAGAGCCUGCCAAAUCUACCGAGGCCGUUGACGAGUUUGAAGACGAUCUCGAUGCGCUGGAAGCCCUAGCAGCAGCAGAAGUGACCAGGUAG